CUGUAUUCCAUUCUGUAUACUUCUUAAAAUGCUCAGUAGAGAGUCUCAAGGACUAAAAUAGCACCUCUUAUGUAUUAACUAGUGACGAUGAAGCAGAGAUUCCCUUCUUAAUCAUCUGGCCAAAUUCAUCCCUGGUGUAACUCCACUGAAGGCAAGUAUUUUUCAUGCCUUCUUGACAAAUCUUUCUCCCACUCCUUGGCCCAUCACAAUUAGCCUGUAAACUGCUCAUGACUCAAACAAAUGUUCCUGGAUUUUAGGCUAUGUUUUACUUAGUGAGUGUAUUUGAUGGUGCUUUUUACUAUCUUGUCAGGGCUAGUCAUAGUCUACUUUCUUUCAGGGCUUCCACAAGCUUAAAUUUUUAGGUGACUGAAAAUGAUGUCCUUAACUGCUCCCAAAACAAAACAUGUAAGCCAUCUAGGGUAAACAGAGAAGGCUAUGUACUAGAAUGGUGUUUCUAGCUGUAGGUACAAGUAACUCAGACUGUCAUAUACAACAUACUUUUCUUUGUUGAUACAGCUUUUUAUUUUGGACCUAUGUUCAUCUGGUAACAAGCAUCUCUUUAUAUUUCUGGGCUUUGACAUUCUAGUACAAUGUAACCUAUCAUAUGAAGGCACAAAUCCACUAAAUAGUAAAAUGAGGGAUUAUUUCCACUGCUCAUCUGUUAGCAGAGAUUUCUCUAAAUUGGAUCAACCUGAUUAAAGGUAUUAGAAUGACGUCUUGUAGAGCCAGAUCAACUCGUUUGAAAUUUUGAGACUGUUUCUCUUUUGGUUGGAAGUGACCACCAGAAAUAGGUGUAGGUGCUAUUUGCAAAUUAUCUCUAUUAACGUGCAAUUGUUAAUUUGAAACUUUUGUUAUUUGCUUGCUUGGGUCCUAGGUUAGGGAGCUCAAGAUGGAAGGACCAAAAAAUGGCUCACUUAAAAGUAUGCCACGCAGAGUCUUUUUAAAGGCCUGAAUAGUUCUUUCUAAAUUUGCUCAGUCAAGAAAAGGAGUAAUAUUGUGGAAUCUUUCAAUAUCCAGUAUUACAAAGAUGGCACUACUAAAAGUCAAAUUCAACCAGAAGAAAAGGGUAAAACUAGCUCAGGGACUAUGGCUCAUGAACUGGUUUUCAGUGUUUGCAGGAAUCAUUGUUUUUAGCAUGGGAUUGUUCCUCAAAAUUGAGCUCCGGAAGCGAAGUGAAGUGAUGGACAAUUCUGAAAGCCAUCUUGUGCCCAAUUCUUUGAUAUUGAUGGGUAUAUUAUCUUGCGCCUUCAAUGCUCUUGCUGGCAAAAUUUGCUAUGAUUCUCUAGAUCCAACUAAAUUUGCAAAGUGGAAGCCUUUGCUGAAACCUUACCUGGUGUUAUGUUUCUUUUUUAACUUCUUCAUUUUUUUCAUUGCUCUGAUUUGCUUUCUCAUGAGGGGCUCUCUGGAGACGACAUUAGCAUAUGGGCUAAAGAAUGGCAUGAAGUUCUACAGGGAUACGGAUACCCCAGGAAGAUGCUUCAUGAAGAAGACAAUUGACAUGCUCCAAAUUGAGUUCAGAUGCUGUGGAAACAAUGGUUUCAGAGACUGGUUUGAGAUUCAGUGGAUCAGCAAUAGAUACCUGGAUUUUGGCUCCAAAGAAGUGAAAGAUCGAAUUAAAAGCAAUGUGGAUGGAAAGUACUUGGUUGACGGAGUCCCCUUCAGUUGCUGCAAUCCUAGUUCCCCAAGACCCUGCAUCCAGUACCAAGUCACUAACAACUCGGCUCACUACAGCUACGACUAUCAAACAGAGGAGCUCAACCUAUGGAACCGUGGCUGCAGGGAGGCACUUCUGCUCUACUACAGCAGCAUGAUGAGCUCUAUGGGUGGCGUUGUCCUUUUUAUCUGGCUUUUUGAGGUAUCUGUGAUGGUCGGUUUGCGUCUUUUGCAAACCGCUCUGGAAAGCAUCGCAAAUCCUGAGGAUCCUGAAUGUGAAAGCGAGGGGUGGCUCCUGGAGCAGAGCCUCACAGACACUUUCAAAUCCGCAUUAGAAAGUUUGAAAAAGAUUGGUAAGUUCAAUCAGGUGGAUGCAGGUGCUGAAGGGGCCGAAGGCGACGAAGGUGGAAAGACUCCAGCCAUCACAACAGUCAGUUGAGCUUCUCGACUGAGGUGGACUUUAUCAAAGAAAAAUGAAAAAAAACUGAGAAUUGUGAAUACGUACUUUAGAAAAAUGUAUAAACCAUCACAAGUAUACAUUUCUACAUACUUUUUUAUAUGUGGGGUAUGCUAUAUAGUGCACUUUGGGAUAUCAUCUUUACCUAUGUUCAGAGUGAGUGUAAUGGUCUCCAUAACUUCUAUGGGAAAUGACCAGAAUUAGGGCUUCAAGGCUCCAUGCUCACUUGUUCAGGACAGUUGUGUCUACACCUAUCUGCAUGACAGUUAGACAGACUUGAAAAGAUUAUUUUUUUUAAAUUGGCUGACAUCACUUUGUGAUCCUUUCCUUUUUUUUUUUUGGUAAUGUAAAAAGGGAAUUUGAAAAAUUCAUUGUUUUUUACUCAAGUUUACACAUUUAUUUGAGCAACAUACUUUAAUGUUUAAAGUUAAAAGGCAAACAGAUUGGUAUUUUGUGGAGUAAAAUCUUUAAAAAUAAACCUAAGGGAAAGUUUUUCAGAAAUGUAUACAACUUUUAGAUUACCUGGUAUUAUCACAAAUCUCUCAUACAAUAUGAUGUUUGUUAACAUGCUAACAGAUGGUAUUUUCUUUCAUGUACACCGCAAGAUGAACAGAAUAAAAGACAAAAUUGUACUGAGAAUUUAUGCACUGUGUAAAAAUGGUAAUUAAAUAGAACAGCGCAACUAACGUGACAAUAACCAAGAUAAGGCUUAUACUUAAUGUUUCUCAGAAAUUUUCAGCCAUAUAUCCUGAAGGAGUAUGGUAGAUAUAUUGAAUUUUAUAUUUAAAGUAAUUUAAACUAUAUUUAAACUAAUGGGUGAAAUCAAGUAAUCAUAUGCCAGUUAUGGUUAUUCUGUACAUAUGUUUAAAAAUAUGAAACCUAAGUUCUUUCUCCAAAGAAUUCCUGGCAACUAACUCAUAACAAAAAAUGGCACCUUGGAAAUUAACACAAAGCAUUAGAGGAGCUUUACAAAUUAUUUACAAAUCCAUUCCAUUUGUCCAUAAGUAGAAAAAUGCAUUAAACCUAUCUUUAGACCGCUGGAAAAAAAAUGAGACAAAUCCAAUCUCAGAGAAGAUUAGUUUGCCAGAUUAUGGUCCUCUGAUUUCCUUUACAACUUACCACACCGUAAAAGGUGCUAAAAGGAGAAAAUUUAAGGUGUGAUUCUAUUAAUUCUUUGUCAGAGACUUACUUCUAGGUGCACUUGGAACACAUUUUAUAUCACUCAAAAUAUGGUGCUAGCCAGAGAAACAUCAAGGCUCUAAGAAGUUGGAAUAAAACAGAGAAUGAACUUGCUGUGUACGGGCUCUUGCAAAGGGAUAUCUGGGGUAUUUGUUUGCACAGCUGCCAGACAAGCCCAGGGAAAGAAACAAACUGUAGAGGGCAAAACCUAGCCUAACCCACAUUGUUAGUAGUAUAGGUACAGUUCUAAAGAAUUAAACAUCAGCAAUGGUCAGGCACUGCACUUUUUAAACUUCUCUUUGCAAACGUUUUACUCUUUGGUCUAAUUGAGGGUAUUUUCUCUCAACCACAUUUUACCAAUCUAGUUGACUGCUUUGUCUACAGCUGCCUAAUCAGUGUACAGCUAAAUAGCUAUAUUUUCUAAUGAAUUGUAUGUUUCCUAAAUGGUUCUCCCCAGUGGUAUUCCAGAAACACAGCUACUGUAACUUUUAUUUUAACUAGUGGACAGCUCCUCUUUUGAUAGAUGGAAUCCGUUAACUUGCCAGAUAUGGAUGUUCUGUAUGUCAAGCUAUAUUCUACAUUUUGGUGUCCAGGACAUUACAGGUUAUUUGCAUGUGGGUGUUUUUUCUUAUUGUAUCUUUCCACCUCCUCAAAGUAGAUAUAAAGCAAUUGUGAGAAAAAUCAAACUAGCUUUUUAUACCACAAAACAGAAAUAGCAUGAGGGCAUCAACAGAUAAGUCCAUGCUAAACUCCACUUGCUACCAUUCAUGCUUUGCUGAGGAAAAUUGUGCAUAGCACAAAGUUAAACUGUCGCCUUCCUCAGUUAGAAAUCCACAUGACCUGGUGCCCAUCUCAGCUGGUCCAUGGCAAAUGACAAGCUGUUGAUUAGUGUUUCUUCUGUCCAGAUCUGUCAGUAAGAAAGCUUUGCAAAAGAUGACCCAGAUGAAGAAUUUCAUGACAAGGAUUCUGACCUCUCCCUUUGUGAGGGCUCUUUGUGCACACUCAUAUCCGUUUCUGCUUCUACCAUGAGCAUCACAAAGCUGAUCCCAAGAGCAGUUGCCUCAUUGUGUUAGAUGGACAGACAGAUUGUAGGAGACAGAUCUGUGUCAGGAUACAGAGAGAAUAGGCAUUAUUGGUUACUGAAAAUGGGCUCAAAUAAAAUCAAACACUAAAUAUGCUAACAUUGAAUAAGAAAGUUUCCCACUUAAGGAAAGUCUCUGUAAUAUUUUAUGAUUAUUAUUGGAUUGUAUGAUGACUGAUUUGUAUUAUAUAAACUGUAAUAUAUUUAUUUGUCCAAUCUCAGUCAGAAACCAGAGAAUCUGUGAUAUUGUAAAUGCUGGUCUAUAGAUCUAUAUAU